CUGAGUUCUUAUUACUUUAAUGUUUUAGACAACCUAGACUCUAGAAGAUGUCUACCAGAAUACACUCCCACCAAGGAGACCCAGUCAAAGGAAGUGUUCAUCAUCCAGGCCAGGUGUCUUCCCUGGUCAUGUACUCCAGAUGACUUGUUGAACUUCUUCUCUGAUUGCAGGAUCCAAGGUGGAGUUCAAGUGAUCCAUAAUGCACUUCAGGAACGGCAGGCCAACUGGACAGGUGCUCAUUGAGCUAGAGAGCAUGAGGAGGAUGUUGGCAAAGCAUUGGAUCAGCACAAGCAGUACUUGGGGCAAUGCUAUAUUGAAUGUUAUGAAGUAACAAACUGUGAUGCUGAUGCCAUAAUGAACACUACGGAGGACAGUUCAGAGUCAGAUGGAGUGGUGUGACUCCAAGUUCCCUUCAGCUGCACAGAGAAAGAUAUCAUUCAGUCCUUUUCUUUUCUAAGUCACUUUAAAAAUGUUAAUUGCAUUACCAUGUACAAGAGAGGUAGAAACUCAGGAGAUGCCUUUGCAACAAAAGAGAUGGCUGAAAAGGCCCUAGAGAGGAACAGAGAAGUCAUGGGAAACAGGUACAUUGACAUUUUUUCCAGCAGGAAGAGUGAGAUACAUGUGCCGUAUGGAAGAGGAUGAAACGAGACUUCAGCUAUUACACUAGGGGCCACGGAUGCGAGUUUGUCUAAUCUGGAGAACCUCGUUCACAUGAGAGGUCUACCCUAUGACGCCACUAGAGAGGACAUUGGGUACAGCCUUGGAAGAGUAGACCUUUCAAUUUGUGGCGUCACUACUAAAGGCCUAUUGGACACAGGAAGUCAGGUUAGCACCAUAAAUGAGCAGUUUUUCAGAGACCAUUUGAGUGGUAAAGAUGACGACAUUCUCUGCAUGGCUGGUUGGCUAAAGCUCACAGCGGCCAAUGGUCUGGAUAUACCCUACCUGGGUUAUUUAGAGCUUGAGGUGGAGGCAGAGGGAAUUAAGAUACCGAAUUGUGGUUUCCUAGUGGUCAAAGACAUCUCCAGCUCUGGCAACACAGUACCAUGCAUCAUAGGAAUGAAUAUAAUCAGUCAAUGUGGACAGCUGGUCCAAGCAGAAUUUGAUACCACCUUAGGAGGAAAAUUAGAUCCUGAGUGGAGACAUGUUUUCCAGAAAGUCCAGACAUGUACUGUGAACAGAAAAUCCGUUGUGCGUGUUGCUGGAAAAUGGACAGAGCACAUACCUGCAGAAUCGGUGGUGACAAUAACAACGACGGGUUUCAAUAGGGGUGGUGGUCAAGGAAGUCCUAUGUUGUUAGAACCACUCCGUACUCCAUUGCCAGGAGGUCUGAUAGUCAUACCCACCCUCGUUAACUUCGCAUGGUCCCUGUAUCCCUGUAAAAAUUCUGAAUUUGUCUCGGGAGGACGUGUGGUUGUCACCAAGGACCAGUCUGGGUGUCCUGUCAAAAGUAGAGUGUGUGGACGGCUCGCCACGGUGUGA